AUGCGCCCCGCCCUCCCAGCAGCGCUGCUGCUCCCGACGCUGGCCGCCGGCGGGCUCGUAGACACGAUCGAGCGCACGGUAGCAGGCGUCGUAGACUGCGCGACGUGCCACUCCGCGCUGCCGACGUUCAAGGCCCUCGCCGCCCUCGGCGACGCGCGGUUCGUGCAGACGAUCGCAGCGGCGUGCACAGACCUGAAGAUCGAAGACGCGGACGUGUGCGAGGGCGCGAUCCGCACGCAGGGCCCCAUCCUCGCCCACGACCUCCGCCACUUCUCCCUCUUCGGCGACACCGCGACCAAGUUCUGCGAUGCCGUCUUUGGCAUGUGCGACCUCCCGCCGGUCACCCCGUGGCGCGUGCCGUUCCCGAAGGAGAAGCCGGACGUGGAAAGGGUGUGGAGGAGCAGGGGGCGCGAGCCGGUGAAGGUCAUGCACUUCAGCGACUCCUCAUUUGCUUACAACCAGACCAAUGCCGAAGCGAAGUGCACGAAGCCCAUCUGCUGCAGGGAUUUCGGCGAGCGUCCGAAGCACGUUCAAUUGCCCGCACUACCGCUCGGUAUGCGGACGUGCGACGCGCCAGGUAGGCUUGCAGACUCGAUGCUCGACGCAACACAGAAGUUCGGCGCGCAUGCGCGGUUCUCCAUCUUCACGGGGGACGUGAUCGACCACGCAGUGUGGGAUGUGGACGAAGAGAAUGUACCGAAGAACAUGCUGGAGUUCACGGACCAGUUUGCGCAGAAGCUGAGCGCGCCUCUCUUCCCUGCCCUAGGUAAUCACGAGUCCGCGCCGACAAAUAGCUUCCCUCGAGAUACCACCGAGCACGAGAUCACCGCAGACUUUGUGUUCGAUGCACAGAUGCAAGGCUGGAAUCAGUGGAUAGGUGAGAACGCGACAGCACAGAUCCAGCACCACUCGGGUAGCUACGCCGUCUUGGCGCCUGGCAUGGACCUCCGUGUCAUCUCAGUGAACACACAGUACUGGUACAAGCAGAACUUCUGGCUCUACGACAGCGACGAGCACCAGCCAGACCCCAACGGGAUCAUCUCCUUCCUCGUGGAACAGCUGCAAGCCGCGGAGGACGCCGGCCAGCGCGCGUGGAUCAUCGCGCACAUGCCGCCCGGGCGCGGCGACGUCGUGCGCGACCAGUCUGCGUACUUCGACCAGGUCGUGCAGCGCUACAAGGCCACGAUCGCGGGCCAGUUCUACGGGCACACCCACGCGGACGAGUUCGCGAUCGGGUAUGCGGACUACAGCGCGCGGACGGCGGAGAACGCGGUGAGCGUGGCGAUGAUUGGGCCGGCGAUGACGCCGAUGAGUGGGAACCCAUCGGAAGCCGACGGUGGAUAG